AGCACGGACAUGGCAAAACCAUUGCGACAGCGUGACACGGUUGCCGGAUUAGAGGCAUCAUACAAAAGCGGCAACUAACUUACAGUACUGUACCACAGUACUCGUAUUGGCCUGGAACGCUCUUGACCUCGGUUUGUUCAUCCAGUCACUUCAAUCCAACAGUAAAAAAGGCCUCCGAUCUCGCUGUUACACCCUGCAAAAAGCAUUGCUCGAACCAUCGAAUCAAAUAACGUCCAUAAGAAGAAUAUCGCAAUAUCUUACACACAAAACUAUUUGCCGGUCGCAAAAGAUUCAUACACUGACAUUCUGGUAAUCCGACCACUGCAACAUCGUAUUGGGUGCUUAUGCUCAGCGGGCUUGCAUGACAAGACCACAAGAUAAUUUUGCAGCGUCAAGCAUUCCAUCCUUCAACUGAUACAUAUUGCGAAGAGGAAGAGUCCUUACCCUGGGGAGUGAGUCCUAGUCUAGUUGGAAACCAUUUGUGCUGGUCUCUUUUACAAUGGCUCCAUUCCCUCCUCCACCAGUCAGCACCAUUGACUGGGCCAAUGUUGGCUUCAAAGUCCGCGAAGUGAACGGCCACAUCGAGUCGACCUUCCGCUACUCCUCCGAGAACCCAUCAUGGAGCAAACCACGCUUCAUCACCUCUCCGCACCUGUCCAUCCACGGCAUGGCUCCCGGUCUGAACUACGGCGUGCAAUGCUACGAAGGCAUCAAGGCAUUCCGCCUACCCAAUGGCAAUAUCACCAUUUUCCGGCCCGACCAGAACGCUAAGCGCAUGCAACGCUCCGCAGAGUACAUCAGCGUGCCUCCAGUACCCGAAGAUCUUUUCAUCGAGUCAGUCAACCUUGCCGUCGCCUUGAACGCCGAGUUCGUCCCUCCCACCGAGACUGGUGCCGCCAUGUACAUCCGGCCUUUACUCUUCGGAUCCAGCGCUCAACUCGGUCUAAGUCCUCCAGACGAGUAUACUUUCGUCGUCUUCGUCAUGCCUACGGGUGUCUACCACGGUGUCCACGCCGUCGACGCCCUCAUCUUAGAAGACUUUGACCGUGCCGCGCCUGAAGGAACAGGCAGCGCCAAGGUUGGCGGCAACUACGCACCUGUCCUUCGACAUAGCGAAAAGGCCCGCAACGCUGGCUUCGGUAUCACGCUGCAUCUCGACAGCAAGACGCGCAGCGAGAUCGACGAGUUCUCGACGUCGGGCUUCCUCGGCGUGCGCAAGGAUGGCGACACGACGACCAUCGUCGUGCCCGACAGCAAGGCUGUCAUCAAGUCCGUGACAUCCGAGUCCGCAUGCCAGAUCGCCAAGGACAUCUACGGAUACAACGUCGAGAGACGUCGCAUCGAGUACCAGGAAUUGCCCGAGUUCAGCGAAGUCAUGGCCGCUGGAACCGCAGCCUCGCUCGUGCCCAUCAAGAGCAUCACCAUGAAAUCUCGAGAAGACAAGUUCGAGUAUCCCGUCAACGAGAAGCUGGACCCCGGUCCGGUCUGCACCCAGCUUUUGACCACAUUAAAGGGCAUUCAGCAGGGUAAAGUGAAGGAUCAAUUUGGAUGGAAUUUCACUGUGACAGAACCGCCGAGCGAGUUCACCGCUGCUUCAAAAGGCGUACCAAACGGAGCUGUGGAUCAACUGCCGUAGUACGACAUGUUGUAUCACUCGUGAUCACUCUACCAAUACGGCGUCCGCGAAAGCAGAUCAGUACUAAUCCAGGGCACCUCGGUUCAAAGGAGCCGGACUCAAGAAGACUUCUGCGUAUAAAAGGGGGCCUCAUAAAAGUGAGAUCGGAAAAAUAGCAUUUGUACAGAACUGAAUACUUGUUACCCAUGCAGGCUGCUGCAACCC